AAACACUUGAACAUAAAGACUGACAUUCGCACAAAAAACCCAUACGCCAUCUAUCAUCAUCAGUCAGACCUCGAGCUGUUGACAAAAGAAAAGGGGGUCCCUCACAUGGAAAAUCACACCUUUGGGCAUUUUAAGUCUUGACAACAUUGAGAGAAGCAUUUAAGGAAUCUGCUGCCUGACGACAAUGAAGACAUGUUAACGCACGGGAGAAUCCUUCAGCCAUUUCUCUCUCUGGAUGUAAAGGAUAAAUGAGAGACGGAGGACUGAUACCAGAUGAAGUCGAACAUGAUGCCGCCCAAAUCCCCCAGGACAAAGUACUUGAUGAAGUCUUCUAUCAGUGCCUCCUGUGACAUCACACAGCCGACCUACGAAGACUCGGAUGCACCGAUGGCGCCCAAACCUUCAAGUCCAACCCCCACCCUCACCAGCUCUAAUGACGUCAAACAGUCGGACUACGAAGACCUGGAUGCUCCAAUGGCGCCCAAACCUUCAAGUCCAACAUCUACCCUCACCAGGUCUAAUGACGUCCCACAGUCGGCCUACGAAGUCCUGGAUGCACCUAUGGCGCCCAAACCUACAAGUCCAGCAUCUACCCUCACCAGGUCUAAUGACGUCCCACAGUCGGCCUACGAAGUCCCAGAUGCACCUAUGGCGCCCAAACCUUCAAGUCCUACGUCUACCAUCAUCAACUCUAAAAACGUCCCACAGUCGGCGUAUGAAUACUCGGCUGCACCUAAGGCGCCUAAACCCUCAAGUCCAAAUUCCACCAUCACCAGUGCGUUUGGAGUCCCACAGGCCUCCGAAGAACUGGGAGCACCGAUGCCUGCUGUCACAGAUGGAAGCCAGUCGGAGGUUAAAGUCAAGCCUGUACCUCGUCCCAGGUCGAGAAUACAACCAAAGUCCGAGCGUAACAACGACGCUGUUGACCCUGCAGACACCAGCCAUACAACCGAUGCAGUGAGUUCCCAACUCAAUGGACGUCCCGCAGACUUGAAGACACCUCGUCCUGUUCGUCCUCCUCCGCCGCUGAGCAAAAACUCCAGAAUACCCCUAGCAACAGUCUAUGGAGACAAUCACUAUAUGAUUUCACAAUAUGAGCCGAAUGUUAGGACUUCAGCUGUCAGUCCUGAGAGAAAACAAUCUGCUCUGCGGCCUGCACGCCCUCCUCCUCCCUGCAUCGAUUAUGCAAGACGGUCUACAAUGAAGCUUUCAUCAGUGGUAAAGAGCUCCACUGAUAAGAGUCCGCAAUCCACACACUCCUACAUGAGAUCCAUUCAACCCUCUCCAGCUGUUUCUGAUGAAGAGUUCCCAGACAAACCUGCAAUUCCGCCUCGGCUCAGGGCUUCCUCUCCGCUUUGCUCUAAGUCAAUGAAUGAAACCCCGCCUUCACAGACCAGACCACCACCACCACCACCUUGUUUCGCUCCGCCACCCCCACCCCCACCUUCAAUAGACACAGACUCAGAUUCGAUGUACAGUGAGAUCGAGCACCGGCCCUACCUGGACGUCCUGCCAGAGGAUGAAGAAAAGAUAACUCCAGACAGGCCAACGUUUCGCUACCAGAGGGACAUCCCCACCUCCUGUCGGCAGAGCACAGAGGACAAAGAGGACAUUUUGGGGAUGUUGAGAUGGUUGAAAAGAGUGUCAAAAUCUGACUGCAUGGCUCCGUCACUAUAUGGCCUCACUAUUGAGGAGGAAAUCAGGUCAUUCGACGAGAGAGCGAUGCAUGUGAAAAAGGCCCUGCGUCUCUACAACCUCCUGAUGAUGAAACGCUGCGACUGCAUGAAGAGCAUCAUCACAGAGUUCAGCUCCAUCUCCAACAGCCUGGACAAGAUGCAGAAGAAGUCCAAAACCAUGGACAUCGCUGGAGGAACCACAGGCGCUGUGGGAGGAGUGACUGCAGUUCUGGGCAUCGCCUUUGCUCCGAUGACCAUGGGGGCCUCGCUGAUCGCCACAGCUGUCGGUGCUGGCAUGGUGGCGUCUGCUGGGGGUAUUGGGGCCCACACUGCAAAGACCAACAAUAAGAAAAUUGUGAAUAGGAUGACAGUGGAGAAACUAAUGUACGACUACAAGGGAAAUGUUGUUGACCCGGAGCUCUGUCUGGGUUUUAUCCUCUCUGGGAUGAACGAGCUGCGGAGGCACGACAUCGCCAGGAUCCAGAGGGCCGGAGCCCAGACCGAUGCUCUGAAGGUGGCACAUCUGGCCCAGACGGUGUUUAACAUGAACAAUGAUAGGAGGUUGUCUGUUCAACACACGGGUGGGAUGGCCUCUGAGAGACUGCUGCUGGCUUUUGCAAAGGAUAUAGAUCUGUACUUCACAGAGAAGGAAGGACAGAAGCUGAAGAAGUCUAUUAAGAGCAAGUUUUCCGGUAGAGUUCGUCUGCUGGCGGAAAAUCUGCAGGAGGAACUGAAACAGAUGAUUCGCCUGUGGGAAAAGUUUGGUUGAGUCCAAAGACUUUGUGUUGGUUUGUGUGUGUGUGUGUGUGUGUGUGUGUGUGUGUGUGUGUGUGUGUGUGUGUGUGUGUGUGUGUGUGUGUGUGUGUGUGUGUGUGUGAGUGUGAGUGAGAGAGAGAAAGUUGAAUGGUGUAACUGGAGAUGACAUGCCUUAUUUACUAAUUAUAUUUUAAUUUACAAAUUA